UACUGUUCAUGUAGCGAAUAACGGAAAUACAGAUAUUUUACAAGUCAGGCAACACUAACCUCAAACAAUGAGCGCGGGAAACGCGCAAUUACGUAAAAAUCGAUCAUUGUCGGCCAAUUUCCCACCAGUUGUCUACCUUCGUCUGUGAAAAUUAACGUGUUUCAAGCUUUAAACACCAUUCUCAAACGCCCUCAAUUACAAUGUUUUAAUCCUAAUUUAAAGGUCUUGGUGUAUACGAGAAAGCCGAGAAAUUAAAAAUAAGUGUAUUCCCGCUCAAAAUGUUGACAGCUGUGAAAGUCGCGUUCGGUUUUUGCACUUUUUUCCUCGCGUUCGAGGAGACAGUGUCAUGGACCAUAGACUUGCCGCAAGUGAGGAAGUAUUUUUUUGAAAAAAAUAUGCAAGAACGAGAGAGACAAGAUAGAUGGAAAAUGCAAGAGGCACAACGGCUACAACAAGUUGUGUAUGAUAACAUACAUACGAAAAGCUUGCAUUUUGAUUACGAGAAGUAUAAGAAGCAUUAUGCUGAUGAUUACAAAUACAAUGGAUAUAUGGAGCACAAGGUGCAUGAGGCGGUUCAAAAUGGCAGCGUGUACCUCGACGGCCUGCGGCGCUCCAUUGAGGCCUACCUGCAACGCCUCGAGUCCUGCCGAGGGCAGAACAUGACUGUUAACGUCGUUCAACUACGUCGGUACUCCAACCAAAACCAGUCAAACGCCGCUCUCUACUACUUCCUCACCAACCCUGCCAACCCCCUCACCAACCCCACCAAACCCAGUCUCAUCCAAGAGGCGAUCCUCAACAGUCUCCUCCCAUUCUCCACCUACGGCCUCCCAAUCCCAACAAACUUAACCACCGUUACCCAAAUGAAUAUGAACUUCACCAGCUUCUUGGCAAUGGCGCCGAAUUACACGAUGUUUAAUAUGAGCGAGGAGUUUAGGAAUUGUGUGAGAGCGGAUUUGGCAAGUGAGCAUGUGCGGCGGCUCGCUGAGCUUGCUGUGUGGGCUGCGAGCGAGCUGCAGGACAAGCUGUAUGCGGAUAAAUAUAGCGAGCACAAACAUGAUGCCCACGAAAACGACCACGGUCACGAAAACGGUAUCCUUGGCUCCGAGCACAAUUACGGGCACGGGCACGAGAACACCCACUAUAAUACUCAUGAUAAUGAUCAUGGGCAUGACGAUGACUCGCUGGUGUUGCGACUGGCUUGGUUCUUAGACAGGCUAGCGCACCUGACUGGUUAUGACCCCACGGGGCAGGACUUUGAGGAACAGUCAACUGGUACGUCCUGUUGCUACCUUUAUUUACAUCAUAAAACGUUCGUGCCUUUCCCUGAAAAUACGAUGGCAAAGAAUUAUUCACUACAUCUGUCAGUUAGAUUUCCGUCUACUAUAAACAAUCUUUCACCCCCAGCUCGGCCGUUAACGAGCUCGCCCAUGAUCCCCACUCUCAUCUCCAACGCGGACCUGCAGUUCCUCACCACCUGCCUGCGAGGCACCAACGGCACCGCGACUGAGCGCUGCGCCUUCCCCAGCGGCUCCACUCCGCCUAACCUGGAGAGUCUACAAGCUAUGGGGAUGCAAUUGCCAGUUGUCAAAAAAAUGCAAGAUUUGAGGCCAUCCGCAUCAGAAACCGAAGAAUACACAUAUUCGGAGCAAGUAUUCACAGACGAUGAUAUGCCUCUCUCGCUCCCGCAGCGACCAGCAAAAACAAAAUGCAAGAGAUCAGUUCAAACAGACCCUUUAGAAAACUUUGUCCAAUACUUCGCUAAAUACAAAGCAUGGACCGGCUCAAAUCAAGAAGAAAAAUAUAGCUCAGAAACGUCACACGUAGAUACAGAAAAAGACAACUCUGAAAUGUCACACGUAAAUACCAACACAGAAAACGUUGUGUCCAAUUCAAAUACAAUAAGAAGGAAGCGGUUUGUUGUUAAAAAGAAAGCUAAACAUAUCAAACCGGAUCCAUUUCCAAUUGCUAGUUACGUGAAACAUAAGUUAGAAGUUCACGUUAAAAAAGACGAAAAGGAGGCUAAAGGUUUAAAAAAGUUAUUAGAAAAACUGCACAAGCCAAAGACGGAGGUUAAACUGUUGAAGUUUAAGAAAUCAAAACGAUCUAUUAAGUAUUCCAGGAAGGAGCAGCCGCGGGUGCCGGAUGAUCCGCAGAUGGAUAUCAGCUAUUAUGUGAAGAAUAAGCCAGGCCGUAAUUACAAUUACAACGCGGCGCAAGCGGCGCUGCUGCGCGCGGGGCUCGAGCAGGUGUUCCAGACCGGCAACAUCCUGGUCGUGCAGCGCUUCGGGUCCAACUACAACCCGGCCAACCGGGAGGUCAUCCUGGACGGGUACGUGGCGGGCUUGCUCGACGAGUAGCCCGCAGGCUCGGUCCUCACU